UCGUAACAAUACGGGGAAACGAGAACCCUCGAACUCGCACUGUCACGAUAGCAAGGGCCGUCGCUCGUUACUCCUUUGCUUCAGAUUAAGGAUGCAUAGAUCGUUGGUUCGACCUUUCUUAACAAGGCGAGGAUUUAGCACUACCAGCUCCGAGAAAAUCGUUGCUUCUGUGCUUUUCGAGAGGCUGCCCGUGGUUAUUCCCAAAAUCGAUCCUGCUGUUUAUGCCUUUCAAGAAUUCUCGUUUCGGUGGCGACAGCAGUAUCGGCGCAGAUAUCCAGAUGAGUUUCUAGACAGAUCGAAUGCAAGGGGGAAAGGUGACUAUCAGAUUGACUAUGUGCCAGCUCCUCGAGUCACUGAAGCUGACAAAAGCAAUGAUAGAAGGUCAUUGCAAAGAGCUCUUGACAGAAGAUUGUACCUUCUUUUGAAAGGUAUACCAUAUGGGGCUCCAAGUGGAAAGCCCGUCUGGCAUUUUCCAGAAAAAGUUUAUGAAUCAGAGGAGACACUACGCAAGUGUGCUGAGUCUGCUUUGGAAUCAGUCAUAGGAGAUCUUUCUAGCACCUAUUUUGUCGGAAAUGCUCCAAUGGCCCAUAUGGUUGUUCAGUCUACAGAUGAUGCGCCAGGGUCUGCAUCCUUCAAGAAAUUCUUCUUCAAGUCACAAGUAAUUGCAAAAAACAAGUUCAACAUUCGUAAGUGUGAGGAUUUUGUUUGGGUGACAAAGAAUGAACUGAUGGAAUAUUUUCCCGACCAUGCUGAAUUUCUGAACAAGAUGAUCAUCAGCUGAUAUUAAUCGCUACGCCGAAGUUACACAGGGACUUGUUUCUUGGAGCUCCAUGGUCUGUAUGUAUCAAUUUUUAAGAUCGUUGCGAGUUAGUUGAUAGAAUGAAUAUAGAGGAUCUCGAAGAGAGGAUCGAGCUAAUAUAGAAUUGCUAGAGGCAAUUGAAGAUUUCAAUUUGUUUUCAAGUUAAAUGAGGCAUUGCAAAUUUUUGAAACUUUCUUGAGUUAUUGGAAGCAAGAAGGGCGCUGUUUAAAACUCCAUUUCCUUCUGUGCACCUUAUGUAUUUUAUUCUCAAUAAUAAUAAUUUAAUUUUAAAAAAUUGAUUUU